AUGGAGGAGUGGAUGGAUGAAAGCGAUAGCGACCAGAUGAUCUUCGAUUUCGGGAAAGCGCUCCAAAUGUUUGAACACGAGGAUACGGACCCGCUGGCUGCGGGUGAGAAGCGUGGCGUAGUUGACAGAGCCAAAUCGUCUCCCUUUGCUGCUCUUUUGGAGGCACAUGAAAAGAAAAUACACCCGACCGCCUGCGAGUUAACGUAUCAGCUUGUCAGCGAACUCGCCCAUCGAACCUCGCAGAACGUCGAGACAGGGCAGAAUUAUGUGGCAGCUCACGUUCGGGAAUGGACACACUUAUCUCUUUUGGCGCAGCCAGAAGAUGAAGCAGGAAUGCAAGCCGAAUUGGCAGCUGCCCCGCCAUGCUUGGUGCUCCGCCGUCUGAAGAAGCUGCUCGAGAACUACCAAACACUCCUGCCGCUCAUGAAGCUAGCGCGCAAAACCCGCAACCUCUCUUACUCGUUGAUUCUCAUGCUCCUGCUUGAUGUGGAGGACGACUCUCUGAUGAAACCUGAUAUCAUGACCACGUACGUAACUCGUAUCACGAAGGACGAAGCUCGCGAAAAUGAGCCGAUAAUACCUCUCUUGCUGGCCAGUUACUGGCGUCCGCUUUUGCUAGUGGCUGGAGCAAUUUUCUUCACAGGGCCCUCCACAGAGGAAGUCGGGAGCAGCUCAGUUGCGGAGUCCCGGGUAGCUGUGGUGCACGACAGAGCCGAUUAUGUGAGAAACAAAAAACGGCGGGUCCUGCACAAAGCCACCACCGACAUUCUCUCUCGACGCCUUGAGGCGUUGCUGGAUAACUACGAGGAAAUUUCGGCUGCCACACGCUUUCACUUUGCCGCGAAAGAUGGCGUGGUCCCCCCCACAACAACCCGGAGUAGAAGAUUUUCGCUACAGACCUUUCUCCUUGAUACUCUCUUGCAGCGCAAGACUGGAGAACAAGAUGCGAGAAACGCGGGACGAGGGCUGAUGCUCGCACUACGCGAGAGGAAAGACCGCAGCGAGGAGUUGCAGAGCCAGGCAUUUUUGGAGAAGUUUGAGACAGUCGUGGCGAACUAUUAUCGGGACACGUACGCGUACUUGCUGUCAAGAAAAUCGUUCCUUGACAAGCUUCUUCCUUCAGAAGUCCGGUUCGAAGCGCUGAAUGACGUGCAAAAGUGGAACAUGUUGGAAAUAACACUGCAAGUGAUAGAGAACGAUGGAAAGGCGCUUGCAUGUGAAGCGGGCGAGAGCUCUGACGAGGAAGAGGACGUCGAUUACUAUGCAGCAGACGAGAGGUCUGACGAAGAGGGCGACUACUAUGCAGCACCGCAACCGCCUUCGCUGCAACCGCGUGCAAGAACACAAUGCGAUAUGCUGGAUUCCUCGGAGAGGACCGAAGUGCAGAGAAGCCUGAGAAAGCUGCGCCGCUCGCUCCCUGCAUUGCUUGGAAACAUAUCAUUUUUCAGCGUCGAAGGACGGCGUAGUGCCGAGCCCAUUCCGUAGCAUCAUCAUCAUCAUCCUGGACCGCGGAACGCCAUAAGUAACAGAAAGUGCAACACGGGCAUAGUUUUAGUAGAAGCCAAAAACUGCCUUAUCCAUAUUACGAGGCGAAGUGAACACGGAGAGGAAAGACAAGUAUGUAUAGAGCUGCAUGACGCACUCUAUUUCCCACCCUCGGCGAGCGUGAAGCACUAACAAAAGGGUGAGGCGUUUCGACUCAGGCUCUAACGUUCCAUGGCCGAACCUUAGAUGGCUGCAAAAAUUCCACACUUAAGGACAUGCAAGUCGGAAGAGGAAGGCAUGGAUUUACUGUCGGAUUUGGUACCAUAAAAUUGAAAUCGCAAUUCUAGAAAGAAAUGCUUUCGGAGAGCUGCACAGUAGUACUUUUUACGAACAAUGCCUUUUCUUAUUUUGCACAGAGUAGUCUUCACAAUGUCACAACAAGAACAAACUGUUCAAGUUGUACACCUUCAUGCCUUGAUUCCGAUUUAGGCUUUGUACAAUUUAAGACCAAGAUAAAAUGUAUAAUGUGUAAGUGCCAAAACAAGAAAAAAAGUGCAGUUGAAUGAGGAGCCUCAAACGUAAAAAGGAAAUAUGACAAGAAU